AUGCGAGUCUCCCGAGUGGUUCGCGCGGUACAGCAAAGGUGGGGUGUGAUCUUCGAUAUCGACGGCGUGCUCAUCCAAGGCUACAAACCCAUUCCGGGUGCUGCCGAGGCGCUCCGCGCUCUGGAUGACGCGCGCGUGCCUUACGCGUUUAUGACAAAUGGAGGUGGAGUCCUCGAGGCCCAGAAAGCCGCGGACCUGGCAACGCGGCUAGGGCGUUCGGAGCCCUUCGGAGCCAACAGGAUGCUCCUCAGUCACACGCCAUUCCGAGCUCUGGCAGAUCGUUUCCAAGACCGCCGCGUACUGAUCGUCGGCGCAAGCCGCACGGCCGAGGUAGCUGCCAGCUACGGCUUCGACUUCACUUCCGGUCUGGCUGUCACCACUCCGCAGAUUGUCAGCGGCACACCAGAGAUCUGUCCGUUUCCGCCUCUGGCCACGACCACUCUACCCGGCGUGAACGUGAAUGCGCCGGAUGCACCCGCGAUCGAGGCUGUGCUCAUAUUCUAUGAGCCGAAUGACUGGGGCACUGAGCUUCAAGUGAUCACGGACGCCGUGGCCGGCGGGCGCCCCAUGGGUUUUGGCGACAAACAGGUUGCCGAGGUAUGGGCUUCGAAUGCCGACUUCUUGUGGCGAGCCGGUUACCCGGUCUCCCGCUUGGGCAAUGGGGCCUUCCUCGAGAGCUUGAAGGCUGUUUGGUGCCGCCGCACCGGACACGACUUGAAGAUUCAGGAAUGCGGCAAGCCCCACAAAGUGCAGUUCGACGCUGCAGAAGCCAUGCUAGCAGAAGUGGCUGGCGUUUCUACCAGUAGCUUUUCCCGGAUUUACAUGAUCGGCGACAAUCCUGCAGCCGAUAUACGAGGGGCCAAUGCUGCGGAGGGCCCAUGGAGGUCGAUCCUGGUGCGCACCGGUGUCUAUCAGGGGCCCUCCCACUUCACAGGCGACGCCGCCGAG